UUACAAUUCCUGGGUGGCUUAAGGGAGCAGGUCUCCUGCAAGGCGAGGGAGGCGGGCCUGGGCCAGCGAGCAAGGAGGCCCCAGAGCGGGAAGGCAGUUCUCUCAGGCAGAAGGGAAGGAAGCCAGGCAGAAGGGAAGGCGGCCGGCUUGGCAACUUGGGCAGCCUUUGGGGAGGGUGGCGGAGUGUGGCGGGAGUCUUUGGGUCCUUCCUCCUUUGGUCUUUGUUGAAAGGAGACCCAACAGCAAGGGAAGGAGGGGAAGGGGAAAGGAGAGAGAGGCCCGAGCCAGCUGCCCAGCAAUGACAAGGAACUUCGGCUCCAGAAACCUCACCCUUGGGAGGGAAGAAGCCCGCCGCUAGUCCCUUUCUCUCGGACUCUCCUCUCUGCCUUCAGGAAAUCAACCAUUGGAAAAGAUGACCACGUGCUACUACAAUGAGUCGAUUGAGUUCUUCUACAACAACAGUGGCAAAAAACUGUCCCACAUAUGGAGGCCCAAGGAUAUUUUGGUGGUCGCUCUUGGCUUGACCGUCAGCAUCAUUGUGCUCCUCACCAACUUGCUGGUCAUCACGGCUAUUGUCAUCAACAAGCGCUUCCAUUAUCCCAUCUACUACCUGCUAGGGAACUUGGCAGCCGCUGACCUCUUUGCAGGCAUCGCUUACAUGUUCCUGAUGUUCCACACAGGGCCCAGGACAGCUCAGCUCUCUUUGAAGACCUGGUUUGUCAGGCAAUGCCUUUUGGACACCAGCUUGACGGCCUCAGUAGUCAAUCUUCUGGCCAUUGCCGUGGAGCGGCACCAGACAAUUUUCACUAUGCAGCUCCACAGCAAGAUGUCCAACCAGCGGGUGAUGAUCCUCAUCGGCUGUAUCUGGAUCACAGCCUUGCUGUUGGGCCUCAUCCCUUCAUAUGGCUGGCACUGUCUGUGCAACCUGAGCGAUUGCUCCCGGAUGGCUCCCCUCUACAGCCGCAGAUAUUUGACCUUCUGGGCCCUCUCCAAUCUCUUCAUCUUCCUCAUCAUGGUGGUAGUCUACACUCACAUCUUCAUCUAUGUGAAGAGGAAAAUGGCCCGGAUGUCCAAGCACACCACUUUCCAUCCUCGCUAUAAGGACACCAUGAUCAACCUUAUCAAGACAGUCAUCAUUAUCCUCAGUGCAUUUGUCAUCUGCUGGACCCCUGGACAGGUGGUACUCCUAUUGGACGGCCUUGACUGCAAAAGCUGCAAUGUGCUAGCAGUGGAAAAGUACUUCUUGCUGCUGGCAGAAAUAAAUUCGCUUAUUAACGCUAUUGUCUACUCCUACCGGGACAAUGAGAUGCGCAGCACCUUUCGGAAGAUCCUUUGCUUUGCUUGCCAUAGGAUGCCAAAGUACUCACCAGCUUCAGUCAAGUCCAGCGCUGCAGAGCAUAGGAUAUUGCCUCAGAACGGACAUUCGAUGAUGGAUUCCUCUCUCUAACUCUACAAGUUCAGGCUCCUCUAGACUGGUCAUUGGAAGCCAUUCUCAACUAUCUGUCUGUCUGAAACUGGAGCUGCAUGGAGUGGUUUCCAAGUGGCUUUAGCCUUGACUGGGAAUAUUGUUGCAACUGGUGGUGAUUUUACCUGUGGAUUUGGUCAGUGCCUGAAAGCAACUGCCUUCACCUGUAGUGCCAUGUUGUGACUGCGUGUUGCCUCCUGACUGAGGCUUUUGUAUUGGGACUGAUGGUAAAUAACCAUGUUUUCGGGACAUAGUGACUCUUCACAGGCUGCACAGCAAAAGAAUGAAAAUGUUUGUUUUGUGUCACAGCUUCAGAGGCACCUUAAACAUUUGGUUGGGUACUAAGGACCUGUUCAAAACUGGUUUGCAUCACAGCUUUUACAGGACUUGUCUUUUUAUCUUCUUCCAUCCCAUCCAUGGGGUGGUAUGCCAGUAUUUCUCUUUUCUGUUUAUGGCCCACAGGUGGACCUUAGGACAAAUUUCUUUUGCCUUGUUCAUAAAACACACACUUGGACAAACUUUUGAAAAGUGGUGGGACAAAAACAUUGAGGUACAUGCAUCACCCUUGUGCUUGUGAACCGCUGUUUUUAAUGCUGUUUUUCAUCUUGAGGGGUGUCAGUGUCUGCCAAGCCAAAGCAAUGCAUCUAAAUAUUUCUCUGCAGGCUGAAAAAUGUUUAUGUUAGCCCUUUUCAGUAUUAUUGCCGAGCCAUCCCAGGGUUAAGAUAUCAAUUCUGCAUUCUGUGGUCUGCAUACACUCCUUGAGUAUCUGUUACAACCUGAACUGGCUCUUUUCUUGAACUGUAUCAAUCCCAUGAAUCUGGCACAAGGAGAAUCUAGAUUAAGUUUCCAGAUUGAUAGCUAUACUCUUGCCAUGACAAAUACUAGCUUCAGUCAGCCGUCCAUACUGAUGUGGUAGAGACACUGCAACAAGCAAAGGCAAGAACUGAGCAUAUAAAGAGGAAGGUUUCUCCCCUUGUUUUAUUUGGUACUCAGUUGUGAUUUUAAUCCAAGCCCAUUCUAGGCUUACCUUUCCAGCUGUCUUCUGCCCAAAUUCCCAGCUCCUUUGUGGUACAAAGAAAUUACCCUUGUAUGCUUGAAGCAGAAGCACAGUGCCCAUGUAGGUCAAAGGUGAGGGUAUGUGGCCCUCUCCAUGUCACUGGAUUUCAGGUCUCAUGAUUCCUCACCCUGGGACCUAAGGCAGUGGUUCUCAAUUUGUGAGUCCCCAGAUGUUUUGGCCUUCCCAGGAAUCCUGACAGCUGGUAAACUGGCUGGGAUUUCUGGGAGUUGUAGGCCAAAACACCAGGGGACCCACAGAUUGAGAACCACUGGACUAAGGGAAGUUAUAGACCAACAGGAUUAUGCCAAGGUGACAUGUUGCUUGGGAAUCUCCCAGUAACAUGGGAGGUGGAUUUGCAGUUAUGCGGUGCACAUGUGAAAGGCAGUGGAGGAUGCAGCAGGCAAAAUGUUUCCGUUGACAGGGAGAUGCUCUGCUCAAAGGCAGUCUCGUUGUUUGACUUUUCUUCCCAUUGCACAGAGGCACCAUGCUGUUCAUAAGCUGGAAACCCUAUUAAAGACUUGGUCAUCUGAAUCAAAUAAUAAAUAUACAGCGAUCUCAAUCCAAUAGAAUUUGGAAGAAACCAUGUUUCACUACAGCUGCCUACAUUUCACCAUAUAUGAUCACUAUAUCCAACUUUUGGCCCUCUGGAUGUUGUUGGACUAACUCUUAUCAUCCCUUGCCACUUGCUGUACUUGGAUUGACUGAAGUACUUGUGCAGCUACAACUGGAAGAUCAGACUUUGUUCACCCAAAACUAGAAUUGCUCUACUUUCACCUAUGUAUUUGUUCUGGAAAUUGUCAUUUUUAAAAAAUACAAAGGAUAAAACCAUGUUUUAGCAUCAUAUAAAAGUUAUUGGAGAGA